UACACGUCGAGGGCUUUUGGACCAUGGAUAUCCAUGAUGCAGUUUCCGAACCUUGGGUUGCACCAAGUUCUCCAGAGAACAAGUCGUUAGAGAACCAAUCGUGCGCAAGAAUGGAAGAAGCCGUUCAAGAAACCGUGGGCGCAGACGCACCCGUCUUGUCCAGAACUCUGGACGAGCCUUUCGUUGUAGAGGAUCCCUGCGUGAUGGGGAUUACCGACGCUAACCCGAAUCCGACCGAAGACAUAGCUCAAGUGGAGGACUUGAUUGAAGACAUUCGCGACGAGGAAGAGGAAUUUGACUUGAAAGUACCUCUUGAAUCUGUGGCUGGUGCCAACGAACCGGAAAACGUUGCAGCGCGGAUUGGCCACGGGCUUCUCAGCCCAAUUCCCAUGCACAGGGAAGCAGAAGAGGGGGCAGCGUCACCAUCUUCUUCUCCCAAGUCACCACCUCUUGUCGGUGAAAAGCACACUGAUGGAAUUGAAACAACCAUACACGCAAGUGUCCCACUCGCUAACAGUCCGACACCACAUUCACACGUGGAAAAUCUCAUGGAAGCCGAUGACCUUCCGGAAACGAUACAAUCUUUGUCGGAAGAAUUUUCGAAAGCAAGCAUCGAAACUCCGAACCACAAGGAAUCUUUGAUAGAAGCGGCUGUUGUAGAUCACUCGUUGAACGAUUCUAUCGUAUCGUCCGGCUCAGCACGGGAAGAGGAGAUUUUGCAAACUACGCGCGACAUCAACACUUCUUCGCAGGCUUUUAUUUAUCGACUACGUGGGGCUGCGUUUCGUCGCAAGAUGAACUUGACCCGUUCACGGGACAGUUUGGUAGCGAAGGAAAAGCAACAUCGCGAAGAUUUAGCGCGUGCGGUUGAAUCGGCCGCGAAUCUUGCGGUACAAAGGUCGAGAAGACAAUCGGAACCGUUGCCGCAAAUACGUACUGAAGAGUCGGUCAAGAUUACGUUCAAGGCGCGAUCUGUGCCUGCCGCCGUCGGCAUUAAAGGCACAGGCGGCUUGUCGGGAGUUCCGAAGGUGGAAAAGAAACCGACGACGAUACCGUUUUCCCCCUUGUUAGGUGCUCGCCGUCAACUACGCCGGCUGACAUCUCCUUGGACGGACAGCCAAGCCAACACGAAUCAUAUCUCUGGAGCAGAUGAUGGAUCAAAAAUGUUUAUGGCAAGACCGCUGCCCAAAACGACUGGUUUUAUGGGACAGGCUGGUCAGUCGGGAAUUCCCAAGGUGCCGAAACGACCCGUGACGGUGCCGUGUUCGCCCCUCCUUGGUGCGCGUAGACAAUCAUCCGCUCGAGUGCAAAAGCACAUUCAGACACUGGAUCCUGUACCAGAUGAUAUUUCUACAGCGACACUACCUUCCGUGACUUCCGGGUGCAAUUCCAGUACCGGGGUGUCCUCAUUGCAUGGGCUGACAUUGUUGAUUGACGAAAAUCAAUUACCACAGCCGAACGUACCCUUGGAAGCUGGUACGCUUGGGAGCGGCACAGUGGCAUCCUGUUACAUUCCGCACAGUACGGUGCGGGCUCAAAAACGCGCCGCUUACGAUGCGCAACGCCAACAGGUGGCAUUGAUGCGAUUGGAACAGGAGCAGCAAGCGCGACGAGCGCAAGUCCAAGCUCUCGAUCGGGAAUUGAAGGCGUUGCGGACUAGUUUGUAA